CGGAGGCUCCGCUAGCGCCAGGGCGUGUUUGGGGCGUGCGCGAGCUUGUGCCCAGGGUCCAGGGCGCUUCACGCGAGGGUGUCGGUCCCCACGCGGACGGGCAGCAUAGGGACCCGUAGGGACAGGCUCCGGGUGCUGGGCCCCGUCAGUCCCAUCCGUUGUACCCAUCCCUUCCCAGCUGGCGCUCGGCCCUUGUGGGUCGUCUGGGGAGGCUGGGAGGAGAUUGUGGGACCGCCCUCUCCCCCUUUCUCCACUCGCGGGACCUACUUGGAGACUGGGUGGAGAAAAGAAGUGAAGGCACGAGGCUUUUAAAAAUUUGUCUUUGAAUGGUGGUUGGAAAUGGUCAUGCUCUGCUAUCCUCGUUUCACUCGAGAGCUGUAGAAAAUCUUGGGGAUACUCUGGUCCCCACUUCUAGUUUGCCAAUAGGAAAUCGAGGCCAAGAGUACUAACUGACUGGGCCAAGGUCACUCUGGUAGCUGCAGAGCAGGGACUAGAAUCCAGAGGUUCUGACAGAAGCCACCUCCUUUCUUCCACAUCAGCACUUCCUUCUCUCCUCCCUCCAGCCAGACUGAUACCUGCACCCCCAGGCCCCUCCAGCCUGUAUUGAUUCUGGUUGAAGCCUAGAAAAGACAUGUUCAUUGGACCCCGGAGACCCCAGAGCCAGGAAGAGUGAGAACCCUGACCCCUAACCCCACUGCAUCCAGCCAAUAGGAGCCCAGCCACCAUGGCGGAGCUGCGGGAAGUGCAGAUCACGGAGGAGAAGCCGCUGUUGCCAGGGCAGACACCUGAGGUGGCCAAGGAGGCUGAGUUAGCUGCCCGAAUCCUCCUGGACCAGGGACAGACUCACUCUGUGGAGACACCUUAUGGCUCUGUCACUUUCACUGUCUAUGGCACCCCCAAACCCAAACGCCCAGCGAUCCUCACCUACCAUGAUGUAGGACUCAACUGUAAAUCUUGCUUCCAGCCGCUGUUUCAGUUCGGGGAUAUGCAGGAAAUCAUUCAGAACUUCGUGCGAGUUCAUGUGGAUGCCCCUGGAAUGCAAGAGGGGGCUCCUGUGUUCCCUUUGGGAUAUCAGUACCCGUCUCUGGACCAGCUUGCGGACAUGAUCCCUUGCAUCUUGCAGUACUUAAAUUUCUCCACAAUAAUUGGAAUUGGUGUGGGAGCUGGAGCCUAUGUCCUGUCGCGAUAUGCUCUUACCCACCCGGACACAGUCGAGGGUCUUGUCCUCAUCAACAUUGAUCCCAAUGCCAAGGGUUGGAUGGAUUGGGCAGCCCACAAGCUAACAGGCCUCACCUCUUCCAUUCCGGAGAUGAUCCUUGGACAUCUUUUCAGCCAGGAAGAGCUGUCUGGAAAUUCCGAGUUGAUACAAAAGUAUAGAAAUAUCAUUACACAUGCACCCAACCUAGACAACAUUGAACUGUACUGGAACAGCUACAACAACCGCCGAGACCUGAACUUUGGGCGUGGAAGUGACAUUACCCUCAAGUGUCCCGUCAUGCUGGUGGUAGGAGACCAAGCACCCCAUGAAGACGCAGUGGUGGAAUGUAACUCAAAACUGGACCCCACCCAGACCUCUUUCCUCAAGAUGGCCGACUCUGGAGGUCAGCCCCAGCUGACUCAACCAGGCAAGCUGACUGAGGCCUUCAAGUACUUUCUGCAAGGCAUGGGCUACAUGGCCUCAUCCUGCAUGACUCGCCUGUCCCGGUCUCGCACAGCCUCCCUGACCAGUGCAGCGUCCAUCGAUGGCAACCGGUCCCGUUCUCGCACCCUGUCCCAGAGCAGCGAGUCUGGGACUCUUGCUUCGGGGCCCCCGGGGCACACCAUGGAGGUCUCCUGUUGAAAGACCCUUGUUGCUCUGGUGUGGGACCCAGCCCUCACCUCCCCCAGCACUAACCUGGGAGGUGCAUAGGGCACUGGGCCAGAGUGAGCAAGGGAAGAUGGGCAGAUCUUGUGUGGAGAUGACCUUGAUCUUUUGAUUGCUACCCUAACCUUGACCUCUAACCUGUGAUUCCCCUCAGCUCCUGGGAGAGAUGUCCUAAUAUCUCUUAGGGACUCAGACCCCUAAAUUUUCCCUCUCCCUCAUUUUGGUGUUAAGGUGGGGAGGGCAUGUAUCCCCUCUCCCUAAUGUAGGUGUCCAUAGAUAAGGGAUAAGAGGUUGUUGUAGUUGUCCAUGGUGCCUCCACCACACUCUCCCUACUUAUCCCAUUGCAGGGGUAGGGGACUUGGGCUGGGGCUCCAUUCACCAAAGCAGAUAUGGCCUCUCAUUAACCCUUCAGAUCUCUGAAGGUUAUGGGCCUAAAUGAGUGUGAGUCCGGGGAGGCUUACUUGUGGGUUAGUGGUCCUCAGGAUGUGAUAGCAACAUCCAGUGUGUGAAAUGGAAGUUGGAGCGGGAGGUGGUGGGCAAUGAACAAGUAUGCGGGAAGGAUCGGAGCUGGGGCAAUAGGAAGGGGCCUGGGGCCACUGGCUACACUAACUUUCGUAGCUGUCUAGACAGUGUGUGUCUAGAGUGGGAGGCGGGAGGGAGCCAAGCUGGGGCAGGGCUGCUUGGGGCUUGGUGUAGGGGUGGGAAGGGCUACCUGACUACAGUGUGUUAUGUGUGGAGGGUGCCCUCCUGUCUUCUACAACUUCUGCUGUAACAAUAAACUGUAGAGGAAUCUGA